AUGAACGUGGACAGCAGCGUCAAGUGUAUUCAGUUCCAAGCUCCUGUUUCCUCUCCCCCAGAUGAGAAGAGAGCAGUGCAGAGGAGAACCUUCACCAGGUGGAUGAAUGUGUUUCUGCAGAGACGUGAUCCUCCAGUCGAAGUGCACGACCUGUUCACGGACAUUCAGGAUGGGGGAAUACUGAUGGCUCUGCUGGAGGAGUUGUCCGGUUGCAAGCUACUUUACAGGUUUAGGUCGUCCUCUCACCGCAUUUUCAGACUGAACAACAUCUCCAAGGCCUUGGCUUUCCUGGAUGACAGACAUGUGAAGCUGCCUGGCAUCGAUGCCUCAGGAAUCGCUGAUGGGAUCCCCUCUGCUGUUCUUAAGCUUGUCUGGAAUAUGAUCCUGUAUUUCCAGGUAAAGGUAGUGUCGGUAGGCCUCCAGAGGCAUUUGUCUUCCAGCCUCUCCUCCUUAUCAAUGAGCAGUUACCCCUCCUCCAGCGACCUGUCACCCCCGCCAAAUGACAUUGGCAGCUACUUCUGCAACACCCUGCCAAGCAAAGGCAGAAAGGCUGCCAGAGAGCCAAAGUACCAUGGGAAAGCAAUCAAGACUCUGCUGCAAUGGGUCCAAAGAUGCACAUCAAAGUUUGGGGUGGAGGUACAUGACUUUGGGAGGAGCUGGAGGAGUGGGCUUGCAUUCCUAGCCAUGAUUAAGUCAAUAAACCCAGCCUUGGUCGACCUUAGGGAGAGCCUGUCCAGACAGCCGAGAGAAAACAUUCAGCUGGCCUUCACGAUAGCCCAUCACAGUUUGGAUAUCCCACCUCUGCUGGAGCCUGAAGAUGUGUCAGGCACUUCACCAGAUGAGCAGUGCAUCAUCACCUAUGUCUCUAUGUUUCUGGGCCAUUGUUCAGGCACAGAUGAGGAUCAUACAACAGAUGUCGAAGUUCCCGAGAUCCCAAAUUUUGGAUCCCUUGAGUCUGUUAGCUUUGGAGGGACACACACUGAUGACCUGAAAGCCCAAGCAUUAGACCAAUUCUUUGAGAAGAGCAACGAGCAGCUACUGUGGAAACGCUGGGCCAGAAGAUCCUUAGGGAGCCCCCGAAACGCUUGGCUCCACCCUAGUGAGGCCACGUCAUCAUUCAACAAAAAGAAAAGCAGCAUUUUACAGCCACCCAGUCCACUGGACGCAGGCAUAGUCGGCCAUGAUAUCCGAUCAUGGAUGGAGAACUCGUCUGCACAUCGGGGCGACAGCAAGCCAAGAGCGGAUGAAAGUCGCCUUUCUUGGAGCUCAGAGGAAGGAAUCUACAGCUUGUCAGCCCUGGACUCAGAUGAGGAGGAUGCCUACAGCUACAUCCUGGAUCUGAAUAAAGAGGUUUUUCCACCAUAUAAUCAGCUGAAAAGACAAGUGCCAAGGGUUGAAGAGGAAACAGAGGAAGAAAUGUUCCUGAGCGGACAGCAGACUAAAGAGUCGAAACAUCUGGAAGUAUGUAAGAAGACGUUAAAAGGCAGUGAACAUCAAGAAGGCUCACUAGCACUAAAUGUUGAACCAGAGGUCAGGGCUCAGUCAGCGGUUCAUAGGACCUGUGAUUGGAAGAAAGAUGAAAGUAGUUUGAGAGAGAUGGCACAAAGUAUAGCUGUAUUUGACACAGAGCCAGAAGAAGACAGCAGGAGCAGAGAGAAAGACAAGAGAGUUGUUAGAGUACAGAGUCAUGAUGAUGGUGAUUAUUGUGAGGAAGAGAGGAAGAAGGAGAGGACAGAAAAUGCUAGACUGGUGAGACAUGGAUGUGAUAAAAGAGAGGCUCUGAUGGAUGAAACCAAGAACUCAAAGCCUUUUGAUGUGAAUGGUUGGAAGAUAGGAGUUGAGAAAGAGACUGAAGGGGGACUUCUUGAAAGAUGUGGACAAGUGAUUGAAAAUCAAGUGGUGGACAACGGAAAAGAGGAGGAAAAUUUGCCCAAAUUUGAGGAAGGGCACGAGAGAAAGUCAGGGAAAGAAGAGAGGAUAAGGACGAGGAGAGGGAAAAAUCAAAAUCAAAUUCAAAGUGUUCUGAAUUUAGAAAGUUUCAAGGAAGGAGUUAAGAAUAGAAUAAUAACUGACGAGGCUGUAUAUGAAGUCAGAGGAGCUGGUGCAACUAGAAUAAACACAAUAGAAGAAAAUGAAGGGAAAGAAAAGGGCCCAAACAAGAAAGAAUUAAAUAGUGAAGAUGACAAGGAUGAAUACAGUGAUGAAGUCAUGGAUUCUAAAGUUAGAACAGUGGAGCAGAAAGACAGGAAAGUUAAGAUUAGGAGACGAGAACUCACUGGCAACACAGCAACAACAGCUGGUAAAACUGCCCCCAAAAAUGACACUAAUGGAGGUGGUAACAUCCAUGGUGAAAGUAGUUGGACUCCUGCCUGUACUGCAACUUCUCAGUCAUUCAGAGAGGGAGGAUUCAUCCCUCAAUCCUCAGCUGCUCCUUGUGACAUAACCCCAUUAGAGCUGGAAAUGCUCUUGUUCCUGUGGAUCCUGCUCUACUGCUGCUUCAUCUUCUGA